AUGUUGAAAAGAUACUCUUGCCUACUGUUUGCAGAACUACCCGAAGCGGUGAUCAAUGCCACGGAGAAUACCACCUGGGAUGUGGAAUUCUCUCUUCCAGUCCGGAAUCGCUCCGCAGGAACAUUCUCCAAUUCCUCANACGCCGAUCAGUUACUCGAAUUCCCGAAACUGACUAUUGCAGAUUUGUUGGCCUUCACCAGUCAACUGCUUUGUCAAAUCUCUCUGAACGCCUAUGUUGCUGGAUCAGUUUCUACUGAGAAUCUAUUCAAAAAAUACGUGGUUCGAUUCCUCAGUCCGGAAGACUCGUCCAAAGUGCAUAUCGAGAUACAAUUAAAACGUGUCCUAUCCGGGGAUAGCGGACAUUCUGCAAUUCAGUUAGCCAUUCGAUCAGAGGAUCCGGAGAAAGCCGAGGAGUAUUGGUUGACCAGGGCUUCCGCUUUCUGGUACAAAAUUGCCCCAGUUCUUCUGACUUCCUUGUCUGAAGACGAAUUGCAGCUGCUUCGCAAAUCCGUGCGAGACGAGUUGAGCCGAAACAAGCAAGGUCGCGAUGAGUAUAUGGCAAACAUGUGGGAAACAAUUGUCAAAUGGAAUGCUGAUUUCCACAUUUUUGAUAAAAUGAUAGAGAAAUUGAACAAAAUCACCAAAGACGAGUUGGUAAAAUUCUAUUAUAUAAAUUAUUUAGAUUUUGAACAACAACGAUCGAUUGUACUAGAGAUUUGUCCCAAUCGUUCAAAGCGGCUUGUACACAAACGUUCAUUUCGACUACAAUUUUCCCGUGCAGCUGAUGUGUUGAAUGAAGAGAUUGCCCAGUUUUUUGGGGCUAACCAUAUCGAUCCGACUCCGGGCGAGAAAUUCAAAGACAUAUUUCGGUCAAUCGAACGUUUGUAUCCGGAACGAAUGAAAACUAUUCACGAUCUGCAUGUGUUCCGUAACCAGUGUCUCAAUCGAUACCAGGAUGUGCUUAAAAAAGGAAUUUGA